GCGCCGUCAAGUAGCCCCGGGAACCGCUAGCGCCGCGGAGCCGGUGGGCGGCCGGAGGCCGGAGUGCUCGGCCGUACCCGCCGGACCUCGGCCAGAGUCCGCGCGGCCGCGUCCUCGCAGCGCUGCCCUCCUCGGCCCGCCAUGCGCCCGCUGGCCCUGGCCGCGCUGGGGCUGCUGCUGUCGCUCCUGCUGCCGCCGCCGCCGGGAGAGGCCUCCAGUAAGCCGACGCCCUGCACGCGCUGCCGGGAGCUGGUGGACAAGUUCAACCAGGGAAUGGCGGACACCGCCAAGAAGAACUUCGGCGGUGGGAACACGGCUUGGGAGGAAAAGUCGCUGUCCAAGUAUGAGUUCAGUGAGGUCCGCCUCCUGGAGAUCGUGGAACGCCUGUGUGGCAGCAGCGACUUCGAGUGCAACCGGCUGCUGGAGGAGCACGAGGAGCACCUGGAGGCCUGGUGGCUCCGGCUGAAGAAGGAGAACCCUGACCUGUUCGAGUGGUUCUGUGUGAAGACCCUGAAGGUCUGCUGCUCUCCAGGGACUUACGGGCCUCACUGCCUCGCGUGCCAGGGCGGGUCUGAGAGGCCCUGCAGCGGGAACGGCCACUGCAGCGGAGACGGCAGCAGAGAGGGGGACGGGUCCUGCCAGUGCCACGUCGGGUACCGGGGGACUCUGUGCACCGACUGCGUAGAUGGCUACUUCAGCUCGCUGCGGAACGACACGCACAGCAUCUGCACAGUCUGCGACGAGUCGUGCGAGACGUGCACGGGCCCGACCAACAGAGACUGCGGCCAGUGCGAAGUGGGCUGGGUGCUGGAGGACGGCGCCUGCGUGGAUGUGGACGAGUGCGUGGCGGAGCCGGCCCCGUGCCAAAGCAACCAGUACUGCGAGAACACCAGCGGCUCCUUCCAGUGCGAAGAUUGUGACUCCACCUGCGUGGGCUGCACGGGGAAGGGCCCGGGACAGUGUACAGAGUGCAUCCCCGGCUACAGUAAGGAGAGCGGCCAGUGUGCAGAUGUCGACGAGUGCUCCCUGGCAGAGAGAGUGUGCACGAGGACCAGCGAGAACUGCUACAACACCCCCGGGAGCUACGUGUGCGUGUGCCCCGAGGGCUUCGAGGACACCGCGAGCGCGUGCGUGCGCACGCAGCCAGCCGGGGACGACGUCACAGAGGAGGGCCCGACGCAGCUGCCGUCCCACGAAGACCUGUAGCCUGUGUCCGAGGCGGGAGCCAGGCCCGCCCGGCGGGUGUCCACACUGGCGUCCAGAGACCUGGCCGGGAGCCGCCCCUGAGUCUCCAGGGACGGUCGGAGGGGAAGUUGCCUUCAAAACGGUGGAUGCUCAUCCGACCCUUUAAAAAGCUGCAUUUUUGGUUCUUAAACAGAUUUGUAUAUUUUGAUACCAUUCUUUAUAAUAAAAUUAACCACCGAAGGUCGUCAGGCUUAGAA